AUGGCGUUGGAUUGGCUCACAUUCUACUUCAAAUUGCGCAUCCUGAGGUGGAUAACGUGGCUUCUUGCUUGGCUGGAUCGUAAAAGAAGUCCUGCUUUAUCACUUACUCCGAGCUCCCGAGCUUUCAUUCCAUCGACUUUGUCCACUUCACCCGGCAAAUUUGAUCUGCUUUUCUACCACCCCCCUGGUUACAACCAAGAAUCUACGAAAGAAGGGCAAUAUCCUAUCGUCCUAGUCCUCCAUGGAGGAGGCUGGUGUGUCGGACAUGCUCGCCAUGACGAACGUUUCAUUGCUACCCUUACAGCACGUGGUACUGUGGUCGUAGCAGUUAACUAUCGUCUCGCACCCGAGCACCCAUAUCCUGCCCCCGUGGCUGAUUGCCUCGAUGCUAUACUCUAUGUCUGGAGAAACGCUGCAGUCAUGGGGCUAGACAAGCACCGUACAUUUAUAACCGGCUUCAGUGUCGGUGGUCAGAUGGCGUUUGCUUCACUAUUCAUGCUGUGGAAGACACUGCAGGACAGAGAUCCGCUAGUUGAUCCUGCUAUAGUGGGCACAGUUAAGGGUAUCACUGCAUUUUACCCGCCAAUGGAUCUGACCAAAUCCAGAGCUGAGCGUGCUGCCUCCAAUCCAGCGUUUGUUGCGCUAAAGAAAAAGCCUGCAUCGUCUUCCAAACUCAUCGGUGACAUCUUUGACCGAGCUUACUUUUGGAAUGUGCAACCAAUGCCAGAUAAAGGCCAAAUGUGCAUCUCUCCAGGACAGGCUUCUCUGGAUAUGAUGAAAAUGGCUUUGCCUAACCGGAUUAUUCUGAAACUUGCCGGCUUGGAUCCCUUAUUGGUUGAAGGUAAAGCUGCAGCUACUAGACUCAAGGCCGCGGGAAAGCAGGUUGAUUGUGAGACCAUUGAGAACGUACCGCACUAUUGGGAUCAUUUAGUGAAGACAGACGACGAGAAGAAGCUGCGGCAAAAAGUCUACGAUAAAGUCGCGAAUGAGAUUGAAGAGUCUAUGGAGACUACAAAGUGA